AUGGCUGGUCUUCGAUCUUUGCUAGUGUGUAUUGUAGUGGUAGCUGCCACUAUUGUAAUUCCAACCUCUGCACAACUAAGUGCUAGUUUCUACAACAGAGUGUGCCCUCAGGCUCUACCAGCCAUCAGAAGAGUCGUCAAGCAGGCCAUCUUUCGUGAGCCGAGAAUUGGAGCCUCUCUGCUGCGCUUGCACUUCCAUGACUGCUUUGUUAAUGGCUGUGAUGGAUCGAUUUUGCUUGAUGACACUUCUAGCUUCACCGGUGAGAAGACUGCCUUCCCAAAUGCGAAUUCAGUCAGGGGAUUCGAUGUGAUCGAUGACAUCAAAAAUGCCGUCGACAAAGCUUGCAAAGGCAGCGUGGUCUCAUGUGCGGACAUAUUGGCAGUUGCAGCUCGUGAUUCUGUAUUUCUUCUGGAAGGGCCUCUUUACCAAGUACAGUUAGGUAGAAGGGAUGCAAGAACUGCAAGCUUGAAUGAUGCAAACAGAAACCUUCCACCUCCAGUUUUCAGCUUCUCACAGCUACUCUCUAACUUCCAAGCUCAUGGACUGGACCUAACAGACCUAGUUGUGCUCUCAGCUGCCCACACCAUUGGACUUGCUCGAUGCGGCACCUUCCGAGCCAGGAUCUACAAUGACACCAACAUAGACCCCAACUUUGCAGCCUCUGCCCGACAAAACUGCCCAUCAAGUGGAGGCGAUGACAACACAGAGCCACUGGAUGCAACUACGAGGAGAUUCGAUACCAUCUACUUUAAGUCCUUGCUGCAACAAAAGGGUCUCCUCCAUUCCGAUCAAGAGCUCUAUAAAAAUAAUGGCACUGAUAGUGAUAAGCUGGUGCUGAAAUACAGCAGGAACCCAUUUGCUUUUGCAAGAGACUUUUCGGCAUCCAUGAUCAAGAUGGGUAGCAUCAAGCCUCUUAGUGGGAAUGAUGGAGAAGUGAGAUUGAACUGCAGGAAAAUCAAUUAG